AUGUCUGCUGCCGGCGGCACCCACCCGCCAGCCGUGCAGCCGCCCGCAGAGCCGAGCUGCCUGCUGCAGCAAGGCACGCUGGACGACUACGUGGUGGAGAAGGCGAUCGGGCGGGGCCACUUCUCCGUCGUCCACCGCGCGCAGCGCCGCUCCGACGAUCGCCGCGUCGCGCUCAAGAAGAUCAAGAUCUUUGACAUGAUGGACGCAAAGGCGCGCGACCGAUGCCUCAAGGAGGUGCAGCUGCUGCAGACGCUGGAAGCGCACCCGAGCAUCAUCCAGUACCUGGACGCGUUCCUUGCCGACAACGUCCUCUACAUCGUCUUUGAGUGGGCCGAGCACGGAGACCUCCGCCGCCUGCUGCGCCUCUGCCACCCCCAUCUGUCGGAGACAUCUCUGCACGUUUCGCAGGUUUGCGACGGCAUCCGGCACAUGCAUGCGGCGCGGGUUAUGCACCGCGACAUAAAGCCAGCAAACAUCUUCCUUGCGGCCGACGGUCGCGUCAAGCUCGGCGACCUCGGCCUCGGCCGAGCCUUCUCAUCGCAGACGUACGAGGCGAUGUCCAAGGUCGGCACGCCGCUCUACAUGUCGCCCGAGGUGCUCGACGGGCGAGGCUACGAAUGGAAGAGUGACAUCUGGUCUCUGGGCUGCCUACUCUACGAGCUCGCCACGCUGCGCUCCCCCUUCAAGAGCCAAGGCGAGGAGAAUGCUCUCGUGGGGUGCUCUUCAUGA